AUGUCGAUCAUCAUAGACUCCCUUUCUUUGGGAGCAGCGACCAGCACGUACAGACCGCAGCCCAUCUGUGAUCUGGCUUACAACCCAGAGGAGAUCAAGGCCCGGCUGUCAGGAGUUCCAGUAUACACAGUGGCAAACAAGCAGAAUGAGUUCGUACUUGUGGCUGGCGAGAGCGGUGGUGAGGUCAGACAGCUUGGGCUGAUCUUCUUCUCAGAGGCUGAUGCACAUGCACUGGUGCAGAAGGUCAUGGAGCAGAACCCCAAGCUUGCCAAGCAGUCGCGCGUCCUGAAGGUCUCCAUGGAUGCAAUCUAUGACUUUGCCAUCACGAAAGAGAAGGACAAGAGGGCUGCAGGGGUCACCUUCCGAUUCAUGCCAGACGCCAAAGAGGUCCAGAGCGCGCUGGAGAUGUACAAGGAGGCCGGAGUCCCAUCCACAAGCUUCACAGGCGUGCCAGUCUUCCAGGCGCAGGGGCUGACAGUGAAAACGGAGAAGUCGCGCUACACGCCACUGUUUCUGGCCAAGGAGGACUUGGACGUGGCUGUGGGCGCUGCCUUCUCCCAAAGGGAGUCCGCGCGCGAAGCUGCCACCCGCAACAAAGCUGCAGCUGCCGAGGAUGAGGUGGAAUCCGCCAGGACAGCUCUUGAGGCAGCCCCAAAGGGAAAGGAUCGGAAAGCGGCACAGGCAGAGCUGGACAAAGCGGAGGCGAGGCUGUCCAAGUACAAGGGUCGGCUGUCUGCCAUGCACUCAUCAGAGACAGCUCCCAAGGUGGAGGUGGGCUGCCUUGAGGAGGUGAUCAGCAGAAUGGAAGCAGAUGCUGAUGGAGAGUGGGGCUCUGUCAUGUUCAUUCCUGCAGGCGCAUUGGCAUCCCAGCAGCAAUGA